CGUGCAGGCUUUAGGAGAGUUCACUUAUAGAGACAGAGAGCAUCAAGAGCAAGAGACACCACCAAAGAAGAUGGGAAGGAAAAGUUGUUGAGAAAAGCAGAAGAAAUAUCCGGAUCAGCCAUGGGGUGGAACAGCCCUCUGGCCCGGCUGAGGGAUGCUCUGAGAGGUCAGAGGGUGAGGGAGCGGGACAUCCGAAAAUUGGUGUCCAAUCUGCCCUACGAAGGCCUGGAAAAGAUGAAGCAACCCAACCGCCACUUCCCCGGCAACGCCAUCAAAACCACCAAAUACACCCUCCUCUUCUUCAUCCCCAUGAACCUCUUCGAGCAGUUCCACCGCUUGGCUAACAUCUACUUUUUAGGCCUGGCUAUCCUGAACUUUGUCCCUGUGGUGAACGCCUUUCAGCCCGAGGUGGCUCUGAUCCCCAUCUGUGUUAUCCUGGCUCUGACCGCCCUGAAGGACGGCUGGGAGGACUUCAGGCGGUACCAGUCGGACAGGAAGCUCAACAACACACCGUGCUUUAUCUACUGCAGGAAGGAGCAGCAGUUUGUUGAGAGGCGCUGGAAGGAUGUGCGAGUGGGAGACUUUGUCAAGGUGAUUUGCAAUGAGAUCAUCCCUGCAGACCUGCUGCUCCUGCACACAUCAGACCCUAAUGGGGUUUGUCACAUCGAGACAGCCAACCUGGACGGAGAGACCAACCUGAAGCAGAGGAGGGUGGUGCCCGGCCUCUCCACCUCGACGUCUGAAUUCGAGCCUGAGAGCUUCAAUGGCGUAGUUGUGUGUGAAAGGCCCAACAACAAUCUGAAUCAUUUCAAGUGUUAUGUAGAGAAACCUGAUAACGUGAAAGUGGGCAUUGGAAUUGAGAGUCUGCUGCUUAGAGGCUGCACUGUGAGGAACACAGACCACACUGUUGGCUUUGUGGUGUAUGCAGGCCAUGAAACCAAGUCCAUGCUCAACAACAACGGGCCGAGAUACAAGCGUAGCAAACUGGAGCGGAAGCUGAACACAGACGUCAUCUUCUGCAUCAUCCUCCUCUUCGCCAUGUGUCUGGUCGGAGCACUGGGUCACUUCUCCUGGCUGCAGGAGCUGCCCAGCGUGCCCCCUUACCUGGUGCCCGACAGCCACGGCCACCUCGACUCUCCUGCUCUGUCUGGCUUCUACAUGUUCUUCACUAUGAUCAUCCUGCUGCAGGUCCUGAUACCUAUUUCCCUCUAUGUGUCCAUUGAGCUGGUCAAGAUCGGCCAGGUCUUUUUCAUCACCAACGACAUUGACCUGUACGAUGAAGAGUCGGACACUCCCAUGCAGUGCCGGGCCCUGAACAUCACAGAGGACCUGGGCCAGAUUCAGUACAUCUUCUCAGAUAAGACUGGCACUCUCACCGAGAACAAGAUGGUCUUCCGCCGAUGCACCGUCAUGGGCACUGAAUACCCACAUUGUGAAAACGCCGUCCGCCUGGCCGUCCUUGACGAGCCAGAUUCAGAGGAGGAGGUCAUCUUCAACCAGCGGCCGUGGCCCCCACAGUCACGAUGGACCCCGGACACUGAGGACGCUGACCCUGCAGGCACACCACAUUACCAUGGCAGCCGACACAGGGGCAAGGUCGCAGAAAGUGCCCAGAGAGAUGUGGCCUUCAGCAGUCCGCUGGAAACUGAGGUGGUUCCAGACAGGAAGCUGCUUCAGCAGAUUAGACGGACAGAGAGCAGCAGCAGCAGCAGCAGCAGCGGGAAGACAGAUCCCUACCUGGACUUUUUUCUGGCUCUCGCCAUUUGCAACACGGUGGUAGUUUCCACGGCAACAGUUCGGAGACAGAGGGAAAGCGGAUGUCCACGCUCCUCUCAGACAAGUAACCCAUUUGAAACCUUUUCCCACCUGGUGAGAAAGGUCGGCUCCUUUCGCCAAACCAUCUCGUCCUGGAGGCCCAUGUCCAACAGGAGCCGCACUUCAUCCAAUUGCUCAGUUUUGGAGGAGGACCAUUUCAAUUCCCUUGCAAAAACAGGCAAUUGUGGAGGCCGCAAGAGCACCGGGCCCCAAACACAAGAUACAUCGCCCUCACUGCGCUACGAGGCGGAAAGUCCGGAUGAGGCAGCUUUGGUGCAUGCAGCCAAGGCAUAUGGCUUCACUCUGCUGGCCAGGACCCCUGGCAGUGUGACGGUGAGGCUCCCAUGCGGGGAGGAACUGGUGUUCGAGGUGCUGGACACUUUGGCUUUUGACUCCCACAGGAAGAGGAUGUCUGUUUUGGUGCGUCACCCAGUCACCAGUGAGCUGGUGCUCUACACUAAAGGUGCAGACUAUGCCAUCAUGGAGCUACUUGGUACACCAUAUGCAGAGCAACUCAAGGGAAAGCAGAAGCGCAUUGCAGCAGAUACUCAGAGACAUCUUGACUGUUAUGCUAAGGAGGGGCUGCGUACUCUUUGCUUUACAAAGAAGGUGCUGAGCGAGAGGGCCUAUAAAGACUGGUCAGUGAGCAGACAAGGAGCUCUGGCCGCUAUAGACAACAGAGAGAAGCUCAUCAUGGACACUGCCGGCCUCCUAGAGACAAACCUCACCCUGUUAGGAGCCACAGGCAUUGAGGACCGUCUGCAGGAGAGCGUCCCUGACACCAUUGUGGCGCUGCGGGAGGCAGGGAUCCAGGUGUGGGUGCUGACUGGUGACAAGCCGGAGACAGCUGUCAACAUCGGCUACGCCUGCAGGCUACUGGAUGAGGGAGACCUGGUGAUUAACAUGAGUUCCAAGAACAAGCUCAUGUGCGUCUCCAUCCUGGACUGCACUCUGGAGGAAGUGAGACGGUACGGGAAUGACCCCACAGGUUUGGCCCCCACAAUCUCUCUGGUGAUUGACGGACGCACCCUGGCCAUGGCUCUGGAGUCAGACCUGGUUGACCGGUUUGUGGAUCUGGCUCGGCGCUGCCGCUCUGUGCUCUGCUGCAGAGUCACACCUUUACAAAAAAGCGCCGUGGUGAAGGUCAUCAGAGAGAAACUUAAGGUCAUGACCCUUGCCGUUGGCGAUGGUGCUAAUGAUGUCAACAUGAUCCAAGCGGCUGAUGUCGGCAUUGGGAUAUCCGGUCAAGAGGGGAUGCAGGCUGUUAUGGCGAGUGACUUUGCCAUAUCUCGCUUCAAACACCUGAAAAAGCUCCUGCUGGUUCAUGGACACUGGUGCUACACCAGACUAGCAAACAUGAUCAUUUACUUCUUCUACAAGAAUGUGGCGUACGUGAACCUGCUGUUCUGGUAUCAGUUCUUCUGUGGCUUCUCCGGCACUGCCAUGAUAGACUACUGGCUGAUGAUUUUCUUCAACCUCUUCUUCACCUCCGCCCCGCCCAUCAUGUUCGGGAUAAUGGACAAAGAUGUUUCUGCGGAGACACUGCUGGGUCUCCCUGAGCUGUACAGGACGGGACAGGGCACAGGGGAAUAUAAGUUUUCUACCUUCUGGACUGCCAUGCUGGAUGCCUUCUAUCAAAGUCUGGUGUGCUUCUUCAUUCCAUACUGGGUUUAUGAAGAUUCAGACAUCGAUGUUUUUACUUUUGGGACUCCUUUGAACACUGUUUCUUUAUUUACCAUCCUCCUGCAUCUGUCCAUAGAGAUCAAAACUUGGACGGUGGUUCACUGGGUGAUCAUGCUGGGCAGUGUGGCGGUGUACUUCAUUGUGACCCUGGCCUACAGCGCCAUCUGCGUUACCUGUAACCCUCCCUCAAACCCUUAUUGGAUCCUCCAGAGCCAGAUGGCGGACCCCAUGUUCUAUCUUACCUGCAUCAUCACCACCGUGCUGGCGUUGCUACCCAGGUACAUGUUCCAUGUGCUGAGGAACACGCUCGCCCCCUCCCCGCUUGUGCGAGCCAGGCAUCUGGACCGGCUGGACCCCUCCGUUCGGGAGCAGUGGAUCAAAGAGUGGAAGAGCUUCAGGGGUGCAGGGGAUCUUUCUAAGUUGACAAGGUCUCCCACCCUGGAGACGACAGAGGACACCUCUCCCGCGUCUCCAAGCCCCUCUGAUAUCACCACGGCUGAAAUCACUCUGAAUGUCAUUACUGAAAGCUAUCAGAGCACCGUGCAGCUCUGAGCAUCAGUAACCUGGUGAUAUGUUGUCAACUUGACAAACAUAAGGACAUGGCAACACUUAUUUAUUCAACAAAAUGUACAGCCUGUACAGAUUUUGAACUGGCUCAUAUCUGCGAUAUGUCCUAGUGUAUAAUAAUGCUUCUGUUUUUUGAGGGGUGGGGGGGGUUGGGGGUAUUACAUAAGUACCAACUGGGAGAAUAGUUGUUUUAAAACAGAAAAUUGUUCCUCUCCGUCUUGUGACAAAUCAUCAAUUGGGGUGAUGAGUUCAUUUUGUAAUGAAUUGCUUGACGAGAAAGCAGGCCCCCAUCCUCUCACUCUGCUCGUAACAAGCUGCCAUAGCGAACACAUAAGCCUGUUACUUCCCUGAUGGGUUUUCAGAGCACAGUGGUAACCCAAUUAGUCAUGCCACCCGCCCUUCCAAAAAGUGGCACUUUUCCAGAACAAAAUGCUUAGUCUGUUUAAAAUAUUCCCCUCGCCUAGACACCUGAGUGUAACUUGCUCAGUGAAUAUCACAAAUAGACACAGUGCGUGAUUGAGGCACAUAUGCAUUUGAGGUUCACAGAUGUUGAGAUAUUUACAGUUAAUGUGCCUAUAUUUAGGACAGUUACGUAUGAUGGUGUCAGGGAACAGGGUAGAGAGUGAGUGUUUUUUGAAGGCUGGGCCUGUGAGUGCUUUUGUAUUUUUGUGCUAUUUGAGCAUCUGUAAAAUAUUCAAUGGCAGUAAAUAUGAACAGUGAUAUUUUGUUGGCUUUGAA